AACACUUUCAUGGCGGAGUGUUGAACCGCGCUAGGGAAAUAGCAGUAAUAUAUGUUGUCAAUGGAUGAUGUUUGGUGAACGAAAUUACACAAGCUGGUGCCUAGGAUACUAAGUUAAUGUCAGAUUAGGAUGGUAGCAGCCUCCUCAACGAGCAGCAUGAAUCUGUCGGUCAUCUUGACAACGCUUGAGUCCAAGAAAACCAACUUGGAUGAUAAGAUCGAAGCCUACACAACUCUCUCAACACAAUUACGAGAAAAGGAGUUGAGUUUCAUCAGCCUUGACCUUACAAAGCAAGCUGACCGAGUAUUGACGGUGUUGAAGAAAGAUAUACAGAAUGAGUCCAAUGCUGUCCGCCAAGGGGCGCUGCAAGUGCUCGGCUUUUGUCUCCACGAUACAGAAAUAGUCAGGUUCCUGACUCCGGCCUCGAGCUGCGAGCUCCUCACUCUGCUGCGACAGUGUGUGGAGAAGACCGAGGACAAGACAACAGCAACUCGGGCGCUGUGGUGUCUCAGUCAACAGCAUUUUGCUGAAGCCGUGGUUGUGAAGGAGCUGCCGGUGUUACUAGUCAUGUGUGAGCUUGCUUUUAGCAAGUGGAAGAACCAGUCUACUGCAGUGGAAUACGAAGCUCUCAAUGUUGUCUCCAGAUUUGUGGACCAAAUUCCUGCCGAGAUGAAGUCGAGUUGUCCGAAGUGGGCCAAGCUGGUCGUGACCCUCGUUGCUCACCCUGCCAUCAAGAUCCGGGAGAGAGUGCUUCCUCUGCUGGACACAUGUCUGCCCUGGAUGGUCAGCAAUAAGGAGCUGAGGACCGGACUUGUCCAGGACUUCCGAACGAAACAGUGUCCGGAGCUGAAGAAACUGUUCCAUGGCAAUGAAAUCUACGUAUUGAGAGUGUGGAGGAUUCUGGUGAAGCUUUUCGGAGAGGAACUCCACCAUGGGAGCUUCAUCAACCACAUGCUGCCGCUAGCAGAGCUCGGCUUCAAACAUGCCUUGGCGGAGGUGAAGAUUGAAGCCUUCAAAUCAUGGAAAUACCUCAUAGACAACUUUGCUCUCAAUCCAAGUAUAAUCAGUGAUCCAAAGAGGGUGAAACUCAUAAUGCAAGUUUUCAAAAUUAAUAAUGCCAAAGUGGAAAGCGUUGCCAUGGAGAAACUUCAAAUAUGGUGGCAUUUUGUCAGAGCUCUUGGUGCCAAAAUAUCCCAAAAUUUUGACCAGGUGGUGCUUCCGCUGCUACAGUUCUGUAUUGGCGGCAGCAGAAACAGUUCCGUCCACCCCAUGACGCCGACAACACCACACAUGGGUCUAAAGAAUGCCAUGUCCAGUCCGGUCACUCCACGCCUCAACCUAUCGGUCAGCAGCCCUGGGAUGUCCCGCCCCGUCUUCCCCGCCCUGCAGCUCAAGGGCUGCGAUGUCCUCGCCCACAUCCUGGUGUGCCCCAGCAAGAUGCCUGACCUCCCCAAGGUCGUCAUUUCACUUGGUAAAUGGGCUGUCAUGAGCGAAGUGGUCAGUGGGACGCCGAUGUUCCUGAAACAUGCAUCUGUGAUAGUGUCGUGCAGUCUCGACCUCAUUGGUGCACAGGGAUCGCACAUACCAGAGUCCCUCCUGAUGUACAUCUGGCACUGCCUGCUGCACCACCUCCGGUCUGCCAUCGAAUCGUCCUCCAGGUCAGAGAACAGAGAAGCCUUGUCCAGCUUCCUCGGCCACUUCCAGACCCUCGUCUUCAGCCAGAGUCUCACGCCCAAAACUAUCAUGAAACUGUUUGUGCCUGUGUGUAACUUGCCCCAGAAGGCCCUCGCAUCAACGGCAUACAACAUCAACAGCGGCAAGGUUGUUCGGGGCACACCUGCUCUGUUUCUCUGUGAAGUUCUGCUGGCGCCAACACUUCUUAAAGAUUUAGCCAGCUCGGAAAAUUUCAUCAGCCUGUUUUCGACUCUCAUCAACUGCGGCACCAGCACAGUGACGGGUGUUCUGGAGUUUUGCCAGGCUGUGACCAACGUCCUCAAUGAACAGGCGUCCUUCAUCACCAACCCCGACGCCCUGUGGCGACUGUGGAGCAUCUUGGCCAACACUCUACAGGAACAUGUAGUCAAGACAAACGAAGUUAAUCAAGGUGACUCUCUGGAAUACAACUUUGACUCCUUGUAUGCAGCCUUGCUGUUUCCUGUCAAAAACAACCUGAGCACCCGACUCAAUCAGCCGAUCUGUAAGUCGUUGCUGAAGACGUGGGGAGAACUGUACCGGAGUUUCACUCGUCUCUCGGCCCUUGUCACAACAGCCGAGGCCAACAUUGCAUGCGAAGAAUUUUGCCAAAAAGUCCUCCAUUGUCUGGAAGAGGAAUCCUCAAAGGAGAGUGCAGUUGUGGAGUUUGUGGCUCAGAUGUGUCAGGUUGUGGUAGACAAUGUCGACUUCUCGUCUCUUGGUAGCAACAAUGGGUUUGCACAUGGAGCUUCUCUGAGUCCGUCCAAGUGGAUCAAGCGGAAAAACAAACCGAUGGAGAAUCUACAGUCCUUCAUCAAGCUCUUGGUCCACCUGCUUGAGGAUCUCGCAGAGUUGACAGAGUCAGGAGAGCCUACUCUUACUGCCAAGCAGAAACCGGCAAAUGUGACGGCAGGAGCUACAUUACUUGUGGACGUGUUGUCAACGUUGUUCACGCACAUCACCGUGUCGACCAUCAUUGCGAGGAUGCUCGGACAACUGGCCACACCCAUUUCCUGGUUCUUCUCAGGGUCUGGCAGGAAGACGUGCAGCAAGCUGUUUAAUGCAGCAUUCAUGCAGAAGUUGGAGAAGCUGUGGCUGGAUAUCUCGACCUGCAUCCAGAGUCGGUACACGAUGCAGUAUGACACAGAGUUCCUGACGUGCGUGUCGCCGCUGCUGCAGGAGACGUUGCUGCACCCUCGCCGACAGAUUAAGAACCAGUCCCUCAUCCUGUGGAAGGCCACCUUCAGUCAUGUUGCAGGGAUUGGGAUGAGAGAACCAUUUUUAGCCAUCUACCCAGAAGAUCUCAAACCUGUGUUGAUGAAGGUGAAGGAGAAGACUCCCAUCAUGCUGCCAGGGUGGGUGCAGACGGACACCAACGUCAUCGAGGAGACGCCCUUCAGCCAGUACAGUCAGAUGGACUCGUUCACCCCAGAUGCACGCCUCCCUGGCCUACCCUCCCCCCACAAGAUCGUGGGCAGCUUCAUGCAUAAGGCUGUGUCCCCCAACAUAAAGAAAUCCCCUGCUAAACUGCCCCCUCCUGAUGUCAGGCCUGUCGGAACUGCAAGGAAGAAACUCUCUGUCAACGACUUCAGAGAUGAGGACUUUGUGGUCAUCAAGAUGUCGCCCAAGAAGAAACGAGUUUUGACGGAGCACCAGAAGGAGGUGAUGAAGGAGAGAAGGACACUCCCAGUGAUGUAUAACAACCUUGACCUCUCCCAGGACGUGUCGUUGAUGGCCUCCCAGUUCAACACAGACACACAGCAGGAUUCCAUCACUAUGCAGUCACAGCCACAGUCAGAUAAUUCAGUGAUAGUCAUUAAUUCAAGCCAGUCACAAAACCUUGAACAUGACAAGGUUCCAGCCACUGUGCCAAAGUCUUCAAGCACAGAGUCUCUUGCCGAUGAUCCCACGUCAGACGGAAAGAGAGGUCGCAGGCGUCGUUCAGUGCGAUUCAGCAACGAUGACAGCCAGGAAAAGGAGGGAGAAAAGUCUGAGAUGAAGAGCCCUCCCAAUGCGCCUCCAACUCUCCGGUCUCUGAGGUCGAGAAAGGAUACGAAACCGUCGGACGAGGAGCAGAAGUCAAAUGAGAAGGAACCGAAAUCAGCAGAUAAGGAAUCAAAGUUGACGAAAAAUGAUUUCGAAGGCUCAAAAGAUAAGGAGGCUUUUAAAGAUUCAAAGGUGAAAGGAAAUAAAGAUGACGAGUCGGUCAGUUCAAGUGUUAAUAUUGACUCCAGUGAACCUUCAGCGAGUCCGUCCUUGAAGCAGAACCUUAUGCACGCACUUGGUGAUCAGUGGUUGAAUACCUUGAGAAGUUCAUCCAGUUCAUCCCUGGGAAAAAGUGACUCCUCAGUGGGGAGUAAAUGUGAGGAAGAAUCCGUGAAAGAAUCUGGCAACUCUACAAGUGGCUCCCAGAAUUCCCAGGAAGGAAGUGUGGAACAUUUCAGUCCGUUCAAAUCAAUUAGUCAGUCGCCACCAGAACGAAGGUCAAGGUCACCAGGGAAGAAGUCUCUGAGCCAGGAGGUGACAAGCUCCGCGAAGUCGCCCAACAGGAGCCGAGAUCGAAGCAAGAGCACUCAAGCUGGUAGUCUGGAUAAAUGGUUGGUGAAAUCACCUGCCAAAGGAAAGAGUCCUGUGUCUGAUCCCAAGUCUCCAGAUGAAUCCUUCGUUCCCGAUACUCAGUUGUCAACCACAAUGGAGGUGUCGUUGUUGCACGCUGUAGUCGAAGAUACGAUGUCUCCAUCGAAGGGCACACACAUGUCACGCAAGUCGUCUCACUCGUUCGUUGAAGACACACAGUCUCCCUCAAAGUUUAGUGAAAAGAAUCUGUUCUCCCCUGAUAUUAACGCUUCGAUUGAGGAGACACCAGUGAAAGAUUCAUCCAGUGUGUUGCCUGGACCCUUAUCACUGCCCUCCAGUCGCAACUUGUUUGGGGAAUGUGACAAAAUAGAAAGUCAGGACCAAGAAUCGGAUGACAAAGAGAAUGAUGUCAAGCUGGGGACGCCUGUUUUGAAAAUAAAGAAACUGACUACCGAAGAGAUAAAUGUGUUGUCUCAUGGUUCCCCUGAAAAAGCAGUGUCAAAGGCUCUGUUCAAAGAACCCUUGUCAGUUUGUGAAGACAGCGCGUCCCAAAACGCUGAUGUCCCGUGUUCACAAGGGUUUCCGACAGCAGACACCAGGGAGGACUUGGAAACAAUGGAAUCGCAAUUUAGUCCUGUGUUUCCAAGGAUAUCAGGAGAGAGGCCGGACUCACAGAUAGCUGUAAAUUCAGAUCCUGACUCGAAUCGGCAUUUUGAGCUUUGGACAGAGAGAGGAGUUGUUAAUGCAUCGAGUUCAUCCUCUAACUACAGUGUCAGUGUUCUCAAUCCUGACUCAGUUAAAAGAAGUUCUCAAGAUUCCAUUUCUCAAAGUUCUGAGAUUCCUAAAGACAAAGAAGCAGAGAUGGAGACAGGGGAAAAGUUUACAGAGGAGCUGUUUGAAACUUGUCCAACUGACACUGUGACUGCAUACAAUCCAGACUCAAUAUCGACCUUGAAAGAAGGUUCUUCCCAAAGUACGACUGCUUCAAGCAGCUCUCAAAGCACCAGUUCGAGCCAGAGCUCACAAGCAAAUUCAGAAGCUGAGACUAUAUUGUCUGAAGGGUCGUACAAGGUCGACCUUGUUUCCACUCUGGCUGAUGAACCAGCAUCUAGGAGGAGGAAGCAGGAUACACCGAAGAAAAUGGGUCUGGAAGAUUUGAGGAGGACACCGAGACAGAGGAAGAAGAAGACUUUUGAUGGUUUUGAAGUCGAUGGAAUUUCCAAGUCUGAAAAUCCUGCUGAUAGUACUCCUUCCAGAAGAGGUGCCCGACCUCCUAGUGCUAAGAAAAGGUUGGAGAAACAGUCUGAGGAUAAACAAAGCUCUCAGGAGAAGGAACCUGAGAAGGAGGAAGAGUUGAUAAAUGGAAAAGAGGAAGGGAAGAAGAAGGUUGGACGCCAAAGAAAAAGUUUGAAAGAAAGUGACGAGAUUGACAGUUCUCAGGAGAAGAUUGCCGAGAAUGAGGAAGAUGUGUUGCCUCAUAGAAAUAUAGAGGAGGUUAGGAAGAAGUAUGGACGAACACGAAAAGUUGAUGUUUCUAGUUCGCAGUCAGAGCAGGACAGUCAAGAGAAGACUGAGCCCAGAAGAGGAAGGAAACGGAAAGCAGAUGUUGAAGAAAAUGAUGAGGAAGAAGAUGAUCUUCCUUUGUCUCAAGUUAGUCAAUCAAAAUCUGCAUCAAAGAGGCAAGGAAGAAAUAAAACUGAUUUAGAGGAGACUGAGGAGAAGACGAAAGAAGCACCCAAGAGGAAGAGAACGAGGAAGAGUCUAGCUACUGAGAUGACUGAGUCCGAAAACCUAGAGUCUCAAGCAAGGAAGAGAAACCCACUGGAAGAGUUGGAGAAAACAGAUUUGGGUCAUGACUGUAACCAGAAAGAAGGGGACGAAUCUAAAGCUGAUGUUGAUGAGGAGACCAAAUCUGAUUCCCAGGUCAAGCAGACUUACAGGAAUCCACUGAAAGUCGAUGAUGCAGCUUGUCCAGAAAGUUCCAGUUCUGGAGGUGAUGAUUCUUCUUCCUCGCAGGGAAAGAAACCGAGGAGAAUUCAACCCCAGAUGGUUGACCCUGGUCAGGAAAUGAUUCAUCCUGCAUUUACAGUUGGUACAAAAGAGACGCCAAUUAUUUUGGAGGAGAGCUGUGUGAAUUCAGAAAGUACUGACUCAAAGGAAAGUGAUAGACAGACAGAGGAAAGUCAGCAAGGUACAGAGGUUAUUAUAGUCGGAAUGGAGUUUGACAGUUCCAAGUCACUAAAUGAGCAGACACCAGAAGAAAGCCAGAUGUCUAGUGAGGACAUAUCUAAGGAAGGCGAGCAGACGCCGUCUGCCAAGCCCUCACAAGUCCCCGUGAGACGCAGUACCACCAAACAGAAGAUCGAAGCUGCCAGAAAAAGGUCCAUUUCCAAAAUGUCAGACAAGAAAUCUGAGGAUUCGAGUGUGGAUGAUCCAAAUGAGUGGACAGAGAGUAAAUGCAGUGCAGUGAAAACAGUUUUGAUACAGGAAAAGAAUAAAGAUAAAGACAGUGAUAAAGUUGACAGUCCGAUGGAUGUUAUUGACUCAUCACAGACUCAACAUAAGUCAAUGUUUGUUAAUCUGGACCUGUCAUUUUGUAAGGACUCCCCUCGGGCAGCUGAACAUGACAAGAUCAAGGGAAAGGUGGAUGAGAUAAUAAGUAGUUUGGCAAGUCCAGUUCCUCCUGGCAAAGAUGUUGCUCUAGGCAAUAAACGAAAGAGGAACAUGUCGAAGCCGAAAGUGUCGUCUCCAGUCAGUGUACGACUGCGGUCCUCAAAACUGGUUUUACGAGCACGAGCCAAAUUAGCAGGUAAAACCGUGUCCAAGGUUUCACCUUUAACUUUGGUAAGAACAAGAAACAGACCAUCUCCCAGACCAAAGAGAAUUCUGGAAGAAAAAGAUUCAAUAGUAGAUUUGGAAGUUGACACAAAAUGUAUGGUUAAAACAGAUGAUAGAGACGAAGUGACUAGCAAUUGUGAUGUGGUUGCCUUGGCAACAAUUGAUAACUCUGGAAGUGCUGUAGAAACUGAAACUGGUUUGGAACAAAUGGAAAUCGGUUCAGAAAUAACUGAAACUGAUUUAGAACAAAGUACAACCUGUUUAGAGCAAACUAAAACUGGUUUGGAAAAAGAUGAAUCUGUUCCAGAGCAGACUGAAACUAGUUCAGAAAAAAUGGAAAAUGAACCUGAGAAAACUGAAACUGGUUGUGUUGAUGCUACUGACACCUGUGAUGAAAAUACAAGUCUUGCUAGUGCUCCUGUUCGACCUAAGACUGUUGAUCCUCUGAAUGAUACUCCAAGGAAAUCGGCUGAAAAGCCCAAGCGCAAAGUGAUCCAUGCUCAUCGUGGCUUUUCUGAUUCCAAAGUGCUCAGCUUGAAUAGAAUUCGGGCAAGAAACCGGUUGGCUGAUCGUGGAAUGAGUAUUGUGAGGCGCAGCAUACUGAAGCAAAAGAACUCCACAGACAACAGCAGCCCCUCAAAGAGGCCAUGUGACCCAGACUUUCAGCCAAUCAAAGUGUUCAAGUUUCAUUCACCGAGUGCCUCCCCAAGUGCUGGGAUCUUGAAGAAGCGUCGACUUAUCUCUGACACCCCAGUCAACUCUCCCUCCCCUCCUUCCAAGAGGCGGGUGUCGUUUGCCGAACCCAUCAUCAGUGGAGAAAGCCCUCACCGGAGAGUCAGCAUCGACUUCAUCAAGUCCAGGAGUGCUGCAGGAAAGCAAUUGUUCAGUGUUCCCCGAAGACCUAGCAACAGCCUGCGGGCCCCCCUCAGCAGACCCAAGAAGACGGUUGUUGAUGGAGGCACAGACUCACAGCCCAGCCAAUCACCAGUCAGCCAAUCACAGGCCAGCUACCGGAGCACGCAGGAGUCCCAGCUGAACAGCUCCGACCCGGUGUACCCAGAUCUCAUCACCUGCACAGAGUCCGUCACGAAGGUCCUGCCCCAACUGACGUCGUCCGUGUGGUCCCGUGGUCUUGGUCAGCUGGUGAAGGCUCGCAACAUCCACACUGUUGGAGAUCUCAGCAAACUGACGGAGGUCGACAUCCACAAUCUUCCCAUCAGGUCACCCAAGGUCGUCACAGUGCGCAGAGUUCUGCAUGACCUUGAGCAGCACCUUGAGGUGAAAAGGUCAAAGGAUGUCAAGGCCACAGAUUCUGAAUCUGAUCAGGAAGACAAAGCUGAAAGUGCACUUUUCAAAGUGCCAAGCAUGGCUCCCAUGCAGUCGCUGGAUACAAUCGAGGAGGAUGGGGAGACGGAGACGAAGGAAACGCGUGAAGAGGAACCUGACUCCCUCCCAGACAUGGAGGUUGCUCUGGAUGAACUUGUGCCCAGAAAUGCAGAUGAUGAACUAAACAGCAGCAUUGAGGCUGAGCCUGAAGUGACAGCGGAAAGUGUAGUGGAGUCAUGUGACCAACCAAUUAGCCAAUCACAGAGCUCAGGCAGUUCUAGCCAAUCAGAUUCAGUAUUUCUACCAGACUCUGCAGCUGAUGCCCAAGGAGGACCUACACCAACUGUGAAACUGGCCUCAGCUUCUGCCAGUGCUGAAGAUCCCGGUGCCAAUCUGGCAAACAUACUGGAAUCUCUUGUGAAAGAAAAUGACUAUAAAAGUCUGGCGAAGAUGAGAACUGGGGACUUAUUCAAGGUUCAUCAGCAUCUUACCCAUCUGUCAAACAUUGUUGUCACGGCGAUGAAGAGUCGAUGUCAUUCACCUACUAAUUCUCAGUGAAUGGUUCAGUAUGGGGAUUAGAUGGUUAAAAUGAUCGCUAGGUAUGGUAAGUACUGCAAUAUGUGAUAGAAGAAGCAACUUGACAUCACCGACAGUCUUCUGAUAAGAUGACGGCACAAUAUCCUACAACUGCAACCACCAGAUGCAUGGAGUGAGGACCAAGGCUGAAAUAGAGUAUAACUUGACAGAAACAGCUGUUGAGAAUGAUCAAAGUGAUUCUGAAGUGACAUUUCCUACAGUACCAGAUUCAAGAUAUUGUUGAUACACUUUGUCAGAGUGGCCAUUGACUGUUGUUACACUACAAGACCCAACAAGGAACAUCCUCGAUUAGCCAGGACAGUAAGAUGCAUACCCUGGACUCAUACUCUACCAGAGCUUUGUUUGUAAAGUGAGGCCAUCUCUGUGUUCAUGUUUCUUAUGAGUAACAGAUUUUCUCUUGCUCAUAAGUGUAAUUCGAUCAGAGGCUAGUUUAAAGAAUAUUUUACAUGAUGGUAUAUUGUGUCAAAUGGUUUGCAGCACGGUGUAUUGUGUCAAAUACUUUUACGUAACGUCAUUGGGCACCUGUCAUGUAAUUCACUGGUAUUCUCUUGACACAUUUGCAUCCUUUAAAAGCAGUUAGUUGGUUCAAAUCCCAGUAAGCCCUGAUUGUUUAGAUUUGUGAUCAUGUGUUUAAAGCAAAAUGGUAAACGUCAAAGACCUGCGUCACUUCUGGCUUUUCACACACAUAGCCUGCACUCUAUUCUAGCUCAAGUUAGCAACAUUGGUGCUCACUCUGUCAACCAUUGGUUCUGUUUUGCCUUGACUCACCAGGUAUUAAUUCACGGUCAAUGAUUUUCAAGAUCUAUCUUUAUUUUUUGGAUUGAUUUAUUUGAUCUUAGUUUAGUGUGCAGCAUGAAGACGGACAUCUUGGACACAUUUUUUUAGCAAUCAUGAAUUCAGAGACAUUCAUCAGUGAAAACUGAUAGUGGUGGGCAUAUUGGACGUCAGUGAGGAAGUGAAAACAGAUCAUUUGUAACUUAUAGAAAUGUGUUUAUCAGAAGGUCGUGAGUGCAUGUAACAGAUAUCACUGGUAGUCGAGUGAGAAGAACCCUUGCACCAUGUUAUAUUUGGGACUACACUUCCUCCGUACAGUACAGAUUGCCAGUUAGGAACGUUACAGAUAGUGUGAUGGGUGUGAGUGCUUGCUGGAACAAGGACUUGGUUUCAUUCUGUUCUUGUUCUUGAGUUACUCAGCUCACAGCAGGUUAUUAAACAUUGACAGUUUGUGGUCAAGUAUGGGAACAAAUUUGUCUUGCACAAGGCCUCGCUGUGAUUUGCCUAGCCUUGCUGAGACAAGCCCAUUUCAUGCAGAAUCAUUUGGAAAACUUCACAAGAAUAACUUAAGCAAUCACUGAGGACGACUAAUAUCGUUUUCUAGAUUUAUGAUCAGAAUGUAAGUGUUACACAAUCCCAGGGCCCUAUGGAAGUAUUCCAUGAGGUUUCCACAUCCGCUUGUUCCAGGAGGAUAUUGAAUGGUGCUGUUAUAUGAAUAAAGAAAGAAGAUAUAGUGUGGAGAAGCAAUAUGUCUCCAUUUCUCCAUAAACAAAGGGGCCGGUGGGGUAGCCUAGCGGUAAAAGUGUUCACUUGUCAACCUGAAAACCUGGUUCGAUUCCCCACAUGGGUACAAAUAUUACAAUGUGUGAAGCCCAUUUCUGGUGUCCCCUGCUGUGAUACUGCUGGAAUAUUGCUAAUAGCAACGGAAAAAAAUACUCACACUUUAUAAACAAAGUUUUGAUUGUUUACGUUAUUUGUCAUGGUUUUAAUAAAUUUCAUUGAUUUUAAUCACAAAAUGCACAAUUUCAUACAGAAGUAACAUUUACCAGUUUACUAUCUUUGACAGGGAUUUCGCAUGAUUUAUUUCACCAACUGCACUGGAGCUUCACCAGAACAUUCAGUGUCCUAUAAAAUAAACGGAUGAGAAACCCUAUGUCAAUAAUCAACGUUGGUCCUCAUGUCCAAAGUUUGAGCCAAGACAGGCUUCUCUUUGCUAUGCUAAGCACCAAUGAGUCAUUCAGUGGGAAAGAAAAGAGCUAAACUAUUUUCUGACUCGAAGUUCAGGUUUCUAAAACAGGAUAGCUAAUAAACAUGAAAUGCACAAUAUUCACGUUUCCAAAUCGUUUUAGUAAAGUUGGGGUAGCUUUGUGGUUACAAUAGAUGUGGAUGUUGUAUACAGUACCAAUCACCUGCUUGUCUGGUCCAGACUCUUACCCAGCUGGACUCUCAAUUACAGUGGACCACCAUAUAGCUGGAAUAUUGCUGAGUGGGGCGUAAAACUACUCAAUUACAGUGGACCACAUAUAGCUGGAAUAUUGCUGAGUGGGGCGUAAACCUAAACUCGCUCAAUUACAGUGGCGUUCAGCAACUAAUUAGUCAGCAAAAAUCUGAAACCAGAAUAUCACAUUUAGUUUUUAGUUUUUUGUUGGCUGAUUUAUAAGCGAAGUUUUAAAAUAUGUCUGCCUAAUAUAAUAUACGACUGUUCCUUGGACAGCAGAACGUGUUUGACUCCGGUAAGGGCGGAUGUAUAGUGCUGUAGGACCGUGGUUGCUUAAUGGGGCGUACGCUUGCAGUGGAUAGUGAGAAUGAGUCUUUGAGCAAGUAUUUAUCAAGUUUGUGUCCUGGGAAUGUAUAUAUGUUUGUUCUUAAUCCUGUUGAUAGAUUGGUCAUUUUGUAUGCUAUAAAUAGAUACAACUCACAGUUUAUGCAUAUGUAGAUAUUUCUUGUAUUUUCAUGAAUUUGAUAAAUAAACAAGAUAAAUAUUUA